AUGCUUGUUUUACCUGGCUCACUUGCAUUCUCCGAAUUUAAGGAAAAUUUUCUUUUAGUCAAUAUUCGAAAGGAUUAUCCAAAUAUAAAAUCGAUCACAGCGAUUUAUGUACAUUUUAUUGAACCAAGAGAUGCCACUGCAGAAGAAACUCUUAACAACAUUGAGUCUUUUGAACGUAGAACCCUUGAAAGCUUGCUCACCUAUGGGACUAAGAUUGAUAGCGUUAGAUCCCAAGAAGCGCGCAUAAAAUAUGAAAAGUAUUCAGUUGGGGGAAAUAUACCUAAUUUUUUUCUUGUUAUUCCUCGACCUGGAACGAUUUCUCCAUGGUCUUCAAAAGCCACCAACAUUGCACACAUGUGUAAUUUGGAGAGAACUGUAAAAAAAAUUGAACGUGGCAUAGCUUAUUUAUUUGAAAUAUAUAACAAUGAUAAUAUGCUCAAGCAUAUUUCCAAUCAUCUUUAUGAUCGUAUGACGCAAGUUAUUUUAUCAGAAAUCCCAACAGUUGACGUAAUUUUCAAACAUGGUACACCAGCACCUCUAAAAGUAAUUUGUCUCAAUGAUGAUGAAAAGAUCAUUUCUAGUAAUUUAGAAUCAGCGCGACAUAAACUCCAUGAUGCUAAUAAAGAGCUUGGACUUGCUUUGGCUGAUGAUGAAAUUGAGUAUCUUGUAAACGCGUUUGUCGGGAAUACUUCAUCUAAUGAAUGUUUAUUUAGGAAUCCAACAGAUGUGGAAUUAUUCAUGUUUGCGCAAGUUAACUCGGAACAUUGUCGUCAUAAGAUUUUUAAGGCCGAUUGGACCAUCGAUGGAACACACAGACAAUACUCUUUGUUUGAUAUGAUUCGGAACACUCAUAUCGAGAAUCCACAGUAUACAAUUUCAGCUUACUCCGAUAAUGCCGCAGUGCUAGAAGGAUUUAAUGCGACAAGAUAUGCGCCUGAUUUUAAUAACCAAUUCCAAUACACUAUGAGCAAAGAAAAGGUUCAUAUUGUUGCAAAGGUGGAAACGCAUAAUCAUCCCACAGCUGUAUCACCUUAUCCUGGAGCAGCGACUGGAUCCGGGGGUGAAAUACGUGACGAAGGUGCCGUUGGCCAAGGAUCUAAACCUAAAGCAGGAUUAACAGGUUUCUGUGUUUCUAAUCUUUUAAUACCAAAAAAUCAUCAACCUUGGGAGACAGAUUUUGGGAAACCAUCACACAUUGCAUCUGCUCUGGAGAUUAUGAUUGAAGCUCCGCUUGGUUGCGCUGCUUUCAAUAAUGAAUUUGGGCGCCCUGCUAUUCUUGGAUAUUUUCGAACAUUUGCUGAAGAAGUUUGCUUUUCUCCUGCAAAAUUUGAAAUUCGAGGAUAUCACAAACCAAUAAUGAUAGCAGGGGGUGUGGGCACGAUAAGACCUGAUCAUGUUUUUAAGAAACAAAUAUCUAUAGGAGCUCAUUUAUUUGUAUUGGGUGGCCCUUCAAUGUUGAUUGGUUUAGGGGGUGGUGCAGCAUCUUCAAUGGCUAGUGGUGCUAGUUCAAUUGAUCUGGAUUUCGCAUCGGUUCAGCGUGAUAAUCCUGAAAUGCAACGUCGCUGUCAACAAGUAAUCGAUGGAUGUACUAAUUUAGGGAAUUUAAAUCCUAUCGAAUCCAUUCAUGAUGUAGGCGCAGGCGGAUUAUCGAAUGCUUUACCAGAACUUGUACAUGAUAGUAAUUUAGGAUGUAUUAUACAACUACGAAGUAUUUCAAAUGAUGAUCCAAGUAUGUCACCCAUGGAAAUAUGGUGUAACGAAUCUCAAGAAAGAUAUGUUCUUGCUAUAGCACCCGAAAAUAUUAAUUUAUUCGAGGAAAUUUGCUCUCGUGAAAGAUGUCCAUUUGCUGAUGUAGGAAUCACGACAAAAAAUCAAGUUUUAAUAUUGGAAGAUUCAUUAUUGAAUAACACACCAAUUAGUUUACCGAUGCAAGUUCUUUUCGGAAAACCACCGAAAUUAUCACGUACUAUAAAUACUCUUAAAUUUCAACGUGUCCCAUUUGACGCUAAAUAUAAAUCAAUUGAAGCAUCACUAUAUCUGGUCCUUCGACUUCCAACAGUUGCCUCCAAGUCUUUCUUAAUUACAAUUGGAGACCGUACUGUUACUGGACUAGUGGCUCGUGAUCAAAUGGUUGGUCCUUGGCAAAUUCCUGUCUCUGAUGUGGCUGUUACUAUUUCUUCUUAUGGUAUUGAUAUAAUAACUGGUGAGGCCAUGGCUAUGGGUGAACGCAGCCCUAUAGCUUUGAUAUCCCCAGCAGCAUCCUCUCGUAUGGCAGUUGCUGAAACUAUCACAAAUAUUGCUGCUGCAUAUAUACAAGAUAUAUCCCAAAUUAGAUUAAGUGCGAAUUGGAUGUGUGCAGCAAAUCAUCCUGGUGAGGCUGCUGGUCUUUAUGAAGCGGUGCAGGCAAUUGGAAUGGAACUAUGUCCUAAACUCGGUAUUAGCGUCCCUGUAGGAAAAGAUUCAAUGUCGAUGAAAAUGAAAUGGCAAGAGAACGGCAUAGAAAAGGAAGUUAUCGCUCCUUUAAGUCUCAAUAUUACGGGAUUUGCACCUGUCCUCGAUGUUCAUAAAACUUUGACUCCUCAAUUAAAAAUUAUUGAUGAACCUACAGUUCUUGUAUUUCUUGAUCUGGCAAAAGGAAAACAACGAAUAGGUGGUUCAGCCCUCGCGCAGGUUUUCAAGGAAAUAGGUGAUGAAGCUCCUGAUGUUGAGGACAGCAAUUUGAUAAAGAGCUUUUUUAAGGGUAUUCAAUCUUUGAGAGGAGAAUACGAUGAUAUCAUUUUGGCAUAUCACGAUAGAUCUGACGGGGGGUUGAUUGUGACACUCGUGGAAAUGAUGUUUGCCGGAAACGUUGGUAUAUCAGUGGAACUUUCAACAAUUGUUGGUAAUGACGGGAACAUCCCGAAAUCGUUAUUUAAUGAAGAGUUGGGUAUAUUAUUGCAAAUUCGAGAAAAAGAUAUUCAAAUACUUGCAAAUAUUUUUGAGAAGACUGGAUUUUCUCAGAAAUAUAUCCAUAAAAUUGGAAAAGUGACAAAUACGCAUCUCUUGACUUUAACAUUGAAUAAUCAAAUACUUUAUCAAGCAUCUCGCGUUGAUCUGCAACGCGCCUGGUCCGAAACUUCCUUUCGUAUGCAAUCCUUGCGUGACAAUGCAGAUUGCGCAAAAGAGGAAUUUGACGGAAUAUUUGAUAAUCCUGGAUUAUAUUUUGAUUUAUCGUUUGAUCCUGCAACAGAUAUUCUUUCUUCAUCUUUAUUGAAAGCUCCUAAUGGGCCCAAGCCAAAAGUUGCAAUAUUACGAGAACAAGGAGUAAAUGGGCACAAUGAAAUGGCCUUUGCGUUUCAUUUAUCUGGUUUUCUGGCUGUUGAUGUUCACAUGUCAGAUAUUUUAUUAGGAAAAGUAACUUUACGUGAUUUCAAGGGAUUAGCAGCCUGUGGUGGAUUCUCCUAUGGAGAUGUACUUGGGGCUGGUGCGGGUUGGGCUAAAUCAAUAUUACUUCAUCCAAAUGCACGGGAUGAAUUUUUUCAUUUUUUUAAUAGUCGUGAUGAUACGUUUGCACUUGGUGUGUGUAAUGGAUGUCAAUUUUUUAGCCACCUAAAAGAGUUAAUACCAGGUGCCGAUAAUUGGCCAUCGUUUAAACGUAACAAAAGCGAACAAUAUGAAUCCAGAUUCACCCUAGUAGAAAUUGUCAAAUCUAAUGAAAAUAAUAUCAGAGAUGGUAAAAGGAAUUCGAUUUUUUUUAAUGGAAUGGAAGGCUCUAAGUUACCAAUUGCAGUCGCACAUGGUGAAGGCAGAGCAGAGUUUAGCUCCAAGGAACAAUUGGAUUUAUUAAUACAACAGGAUCUUGUAACGAUAAGAUAUGUUGAUAAUUAUGGAAAUGCGACUGAGAGAUAUCCAUUUAAUCCAAAUGGAAGUGUUGGUGGUAUUACCGCAGUACAGACUCCAAACGGAAGAUUUCUAGCGAUGAUGCCACACCCGGAACGUGUUAUUCUUAAAAAAACAAAUUCAUGGUAUCCGCCAGAUGCUGGUGAGAAUUGGGGUGAAUAUGGACCUUGGUUAAGAAUAUUUCAGAAUGCAAGAGUUUGGGUUGGGUAG